CUCUGCGCGCUUACCCGCGAUAUUUUGAUUCUCAAGCUGUCCUACGGAGGCUUCUCCUCUGCGAUUCGCUUCUCUCCGCUCCAGCUUUCGAUUCCCUGGCUAUGGAGUCUCUGAUCAACGCUUCUUCUGCAGCGAUUGUCUCUUCUUCUUCCUCUUUUCCUAUAUCUUCUCCCAAUAGGAUGCUUCCUCUGAGAUCUUUUCAAGUUCCGCACGCCUCCAAAGGCAACGAGAACGAAUCUGAUUGUCAGUCUGACUCGAAGAAUAUCAGGAACCUUCCAAUCCUCAGUAAACAUCAUCUCUCCCUUUCCCCUCUUUCAAAGGAUAUUGCAAUGGGAGUGGUGCUUAGUGCAGCCACGGGAAGAGGGUGGACGACAGGGUCUGGUAUGGAAGGCCCCUCAUCUCCGGCUGGGCUGGAGGCCAAAUCAGGCACAGGGAAUGUCUCCACUUUCCCUUGGUCCCUAUUCACGAAAUCUCCUCGUCGUAGAAUGCUUGUGGCUUUUACUUGUAACAUUUGUGGGCAACGUACAACACGGGCUAUUAACCCCCAUGCUUAUACCGAUGGCACUGUGUUUGUGCAGUGUUGUGGAUGCAGUGCAUACCACAAGCUUGUGGACAACUUAAACCUGUUUCAUGAGCUGAAAUGCUACGUCAACCCGAGUUUUAACUAUGGGAGUAAUGGGUGGGGCGAUGUCAACUUCAAAUAUCUGGACAUGGAAGAAGAUGGAAGCAACGACGAUAUAUUCCCAACACAAUGAGGUAAAUGCCCUGUGCUCAUGGAGUAUGUACAUUCUGGACUCAUCUGUACAAGAACCAUGGAACCAUUAUUUGUUAGGCUAAAUUAUAAAAAAUACUCCUUUGUGCGUUUCAAAA